AUGGCCAUCUUAGCACUUCUCGCAUUUUCAUUUCUCUGGCAUGGUGGCGGCGCCCCUGAUCGAGUUCGCACGAAGGACGGCGAGAUGACCAAGGGCACGAAGGACAACAGUCCUCCCCCGCUGGCACUGAUCGCACCCGCGCGGAUGGCGCGCGUCAUGGCGCUUGCCUCCAAGCCGAAGGCCCCGAAGCCUGCGACCACCAAGGGCACGGCGGAAGAUAAAGGCGCCAACGAGGAGUGGGAGGAGGAGGCGAAGGAAGACGAGGAGAGAGGACGCCCGAUAAGAAGCCUGCGCCUGGCGGCCACCCACUCGUCACGCUGCAGGCAGCAGCAGCAGCACGCGGAGCUGCAGAGCCAACCCAGAACCACGCCCCCGCAGCAGUAG